AUGGAUUAUGCAAACAAAGGUAAUUUAAGAGAAAACUUAACAAGAAUAAUCAAAAAUAAUUGGAAUCAAAAACUAUAUAUGUUGUAUGAAGUUAUUUCUGGACUUAAUAAGAUACAUGAACAAAAUCUUAUUCAUUGUGAUUUUCAUGAUGGCAAUAUUUUAAAUCAUAAUAAUGAUAAAGUUUAUAUUAGUGAUUUAGGAUUAUGUCAAUCUGUAAAAUCAUUUUUGAAAAAGUAUGAUAUUUAUGGUGUUAUACCAUUUAUGGCACCUGAAAUUUUAAGAGGUAAAUCUUAUACUCCAGCUAGCGAUAUAUAUAGUUUUUCUAUGAUUAUGUGGGAAUUUACAUCUGGGGUACCACCAUUUAACAAUAGAGCACAUGAUCUUCAACUUAGUUUAAGUAUUUGUAAAGGUGAACGUCCUGAAAUUAUUGAAAAUACUCCACAAUAUUAUGUUGAUUUAAUGAAAAAGUGUUGGGAUGAAGAUCCAUUAAAAAGGCCAUCUUCUAAAGAAGUGUUGAAUAUUAUUAAAGAAUGGAUAUUUCUUCCUUAUAGAAAGAAAAUUAGAGAUAUUAAUGAAGAAUUAAAAUGUAAUAUUUUGAAAUUUAUAAAUGCACCAAUUGGAUAUAAUAAUCUUGCUACUGAACCUCAUCCACAAGCACACUAUACAAGUCGCUUACUUGAUUUUACUAGUAAAGAAUUGAAUGAAAUUCUUGAAAGUGAAGAUUUGAAUGAUUGUAUGGUAUUAGGUAUGUAA